CCUUUCCGCCCGCAAUACUCACGAGCUCGCUGUCCCCUCGCCUCGGCUCCCCCUUCUCCUCCUCCUCCGAGUGUUGCCUCCGGUAUGGGGAGGGAUUGGGAUCAGGAAGAGCCCCUCCGUUGCGCUCGGGGUGUUCGAUUUUUGGUUGUUGGUUUGGUGGUGGGGGCUUAGUCAUUCGCGGUCCAGUUCGGCGUCAGUGAAUCAGUGAUGCGUUUUGCAGUUGACCCACUAGUUUGUUCUUCAUUGAAUUGUCGCAAUGCGUGACUUGUUUGGCAUAAAUUUGAGGGAUAUGCUGUGGAAACUUGAACCUUUAGGUUGUUUGGCAGCAGUUUAUUUGUCUGUUUUUGUGGAUCAGUUUCUACUGAAGAGACAGAUCUGAACCUUGCUUUCAAACCAAGCGAAAGUUUUCCUAUUUUGCCUCAUCGCUGCACAGGCAUGAGUUUGUCUCUCUUUUCUGAAACUAAUAUAAUAAUAUGAACCGCAGACAGUGAAGGAAUAGUUGGUUUAGUGCAUGAUCUAAUUACGAAAUAUCUUUGGUACUGUUUGAAUUUUUUUGUCUUUCGGAUCAUUAUAUAAGAUAUAUGUGGUACCAAUUUCUACUGUUACCUUCUUCUUCCAAAGCAUGAUUUUUCUGUUCCAUAUCCUAUGUUGUCCUGCUGAAAAAUAGUAAUGUAAGCAGUUGAUAUGUGUCGCAUGCUUGUUUGUUUUUUUCAGAUGGAGGAUGGCGUGUCUACUUACACUGUUGAUGAGGCUCUUGUUUCCAUGGGGUUUGGGAAAUUUCAAGCAUUUGUGCUUGCUUACGCUGGAAUGGCCAAGAUAUCUGAAGCAAUGGAAAUGAUGCUUUUGUCAUUUGUUGGGCAAUCGGUUCAAGCCGAAUGGGAGCUUUCUGCACAGGCAGAGAGUCUCAUCACAAGUGUUGUUUUUGUAGGUAUGCUUGUAGGAGCAUAUUCUUGGGGCAUAGUUUCAGACAACUAUGGGAGAAGGCAGGGUCGGGUUCAAUUUCACAGCCAUUGUAACUGGUGGGGCUGGUCUUCUUAGUGCAUUUGCGCCAAAUUACCUUUCUUUGAUCAUGCUGAGAUUUAUGGUUGGUGUUGGAUUGGGUGGUGGGCCAGUUUUAUCUUCCUGGUUUCUGGAAUUCAUCCCUGCUCCUAACCGAGGAACUUGGAUGGUUAUUUUCUCAGCAUUCUGGACCAUUGGCACAAUAAUGGAAGCUUCAUUAGCUUGGGCUGUUAUGCCAGGUUUUGGCUGGAGGUGGUUGCUAGCAUUCUCAUCGUUGCCAUCAUUUGCUCUACUGCUGUUCUAUCCACUGACAUUGGAGUCGCCAAGGUACUUAUGCAUGAAGGGCAGAACAGCUGAUGCCGUGCAGGUUCUGGAAACAAUGGCACGAUUAAACCGUGUAGCUCUCCCUUCUGGCCAUCUUAUGUCUGGCCAUCGAAUGGAACUCCAUGAGAUCACAGAUUCCUCAGAGACAUCACAGUUGCUUUCAGCUAAGAAAACCAAUAUUGCUGCUCAUGCUAGUAAAUCCGAGAUUGGGGGCCGCAAUGCAAUUUUAAAGCUUCUGUCCCCAAAUUUAAUUAGAUCAAGUCUUCUUCUUUGGACUGUCUUUCUUGGUCAUGCCUUCUUAUACUAUGGUCUUGUUCUACUAACCUCAGAAUUAAGUCAUGGAAAUAAGAUUUGUGGAUCAGAGGGGGCAGUAACAACCCAAACAAACCACUCAAACGAUGCUAAUCUGUACAGAAACGUAUUCAUCACUAGCUUUGGAGAGGUUCCUGGCCUUAUACUAUCUGCGGCAAUUGUGGACAAGAUCGGCCGCAAACUCUCAAUGUCGACGAUGCUUUAUAUCAGUUGCCUGUGCAUUGCUCCCCUUAUGGUCCCCCAAACAGAAUCCCUGACAACUAUCUUCCUUUUCGGUGCACGAGUUUGCAUCUCCGCGAGCUUCAUUGUCUUGCACAUCUAUGCUCCUGAGAUAUACCCAACUGCAGUCAGGGCUACUGGCGUCGGGUUUGCUAGCUCAAUCGCUCGUUUUGGUGGGAUCUUGUGCCCUCUUGUGGCCGUCGGUUUGGUGCACGCAUGCCAUCAGACUGCAGCCAUCCUGAUAUUCAUCACGGUGAUGCUCGUCUCAGGUGUUGCUGUCUCAUACUUUCCUCUGGAAACAAGUGGCCGAAAAUUGAGCGACCACAUCGCGGCCUAGAGCUAAAGCUGUGAGCAGAAUCUGACAGUGUUGCAAGUGUUAUUUUCUUUAGCUAUACACAAAUUAUAGGAUUGAGCUCCUUGAAGCCAGUAACAUUUUUUUCCAGUUCUAAAGAGCAUAGAGAAUAGAAAUGAAAGGUGGUGGAUUUAAAUUUUUAAAUGGAAUGAAAGGUUGCGAAUUUCAUAUUUUUAAUUCCAUUUACAUUGUUUUAAUCAUAUGUGUGUAAACUGCUAAACAAGAUGCUUACUUUGUUCACUUGAGAUGGGAUCGAUAUGUUUUGAAGGAAAUAUGCGUCGAUCCCUUAAA